GGGGAGGCACAGGAGAAAUCGUCUGACACUGAAAGAUUAAAAAAAAAAUCUCUGAGGCCUUGCAAAGGAGUCUUGUCUCACACAGGGAGAAUUACUUUGUCUGUUCAUCCUAUUCAACCAGGAACUGCCCAAGAAGUAGAGGAGUAGAGCUUAGCCAUCUGGAUUGAAGAAGCUGAAAACCAUGUCUCUUCCCCGACAGCUGCGAGAAAAGAGUGAUUUUGACCAGCUUCCCGAUGAUGUACCUGUUUCAGCUAACAUUGCAGAUAUUGAAGAGAAGAAAGGCUUUACUAAUUAUUAUCUGUUUGUCAUUGAAGUAAAGCUUAAAGGUGGUGGCAGAUACCUGAUUUUCCGACGCUAUCGUGAGUUCUAUGCCCUGCACACCAAACUAGAGGAGAGAUACGGGCCAGGGAGUGACAGCAGCCCCUUUACCUGCACACUCCCUGUAUUGCCAGGAAAAGUUUUUGUUGGUGCCAAAAGGGAAAUUGCUGAGAACAGGAUUCCUAUCCUGAAUAUCUACAUGAAGAACCUACUCUGCCUCCCUGCUUGGGUGUUGAUGGAUGAAGAUGUACGGCUGUUCUUCUACCACUCACCCUUUGAUGGUGAACAGGUGCCUCACAGGCUGAGGAGGCUUCGCCCACGGACACGCAGAGUUAAAAGCAUUUCACAUCAAGUGCCUAUUUUUGACCGCACAGCAGCUCCACGGGCUGAGGCACUGUUUGAUUUUCCUGGAACCAAUAAACUGGAACUCAGCUUCAAGCAGGGAGACUUGAUCUAUCUACUCAGCAGAGUAAACAAAGACUGGUUGGAGGGAACAGCUGAUGAUGCCACUGGGAUUUUCCCACGUGCUUUUGUGAAGAUCAUAAAAGAUUUACCGGAGCAGGAAGACACAGUUAAUAAAAUCCGCUGUUAUUGCCAUGAUAAGACUGUGAGCACUAUCAAAGAUAUCUCAGUGGAAGAGGAUCUGAGCAGCAUUCCAUCAUUCAAAGAUCUCAUGGAAUUGAUGAGGCGGGAGCUUGACCGAGAUGACAUUGUCUUGAAUUACCGGGACCUUGAUGGUGAUCUGAUCCGGUUGCUCUCCGAUCAGGAUGUUGAACUCAUGGUGUCUCAGAGCAGGAGAAGGCCCUCUGAGAAGCAUUUCUUUCCUUGGAAGUUGCACAUCACUCAUAAAGACGACUUGGGUGUCUACAACACUAGUCCAGAAAUAAGUGCUACUCAAACAGUAGGAGCAACGUAA